AUGACCAGCAUUCAUUCUACCCACGAUUCGGAGCACGGAUAUGUGCUUGACCUUCCCACACCGGGAUCGCACAUGUCUUCACUCUCUACACCGGCACUCACAGAAGAUGAGGGGCUGAACUCGACCGCGUCGUCCCCGAGGAGCGAGCUCGAGUAUAGUCUUCCACACAACGAGCAACCAAAUAGCGAGCUCUAUAGCCAUAUUCUUCCCGACGGCGCCUGUCUGUACAACAACAUGCGUUCGAUCGAGGGGAGGACUGUCAAACCUCCGAUCUUCGGACGCGCGGUCUCCAGCAGAGAAAAUGGAAGUUCACCCAAGAAUAGGCCUCAGGAACAGGAAGAAGACGAUUCCGAAGCAACAGAGUUGUCCAGCAACCACAGCACUUUGCUCUCAUUUCAUGUGCAGACCACCUGCCAGGGGCCGAAUUGCGACGGAAUCAGCUGCCAAGUGAAGGAUCUGCCUGAACUGCAACCUUUAAAAGAGACAAAAACGUUGUGGACCAACAUGAACCAACUUCAGAACGACGAUGAGAAUGCUUUGCCUUUGGGUUCAGACAAUCCUCCAGUAUCAGGAGAAGUCCCUCAAGUUCAGCCUGUGACGAAGGAACCCGUCACGCUUGAAGGCCCGAAUCGUGAUGAUGUCCCUCCCAUCACGGCGGCAAAUUUCGCAUACACCCCAUAUCGAGAGUCCUCCAGUAAUGGGGUAUCCAAACCAGUCACAGACGGAUCGGAUGAUGAGGCAAAAGACGGAUCGGAUAAAACAGAGGAAGCGCAAGAUUCUGAAAACACUUUCCAGGCGUCUUCGGUCAUGGCUGGGGCGGCAGGUUGUCACGGGCCGUACUGCGAUAUCAAACAAAGUGAAUAG